GCGCGCCUGCUGGUGGCCGCCACCUACACGGGCUUCGGCAGCCCCUUCUUCCCCCGCAACAGCAGCCUGGAGGACCACCGCUUCGAGAACACGCCGGAGAUCGCCAUCCGCGCCCUCAACGCGCGCGGCGACCUGGCCAAGCUCUUCACCUUCGACCUCAACCCCUCCGACGACAACAUCUUCAAGAUCAAGCAGGGUGCCAAGGCUCGCCACAAGCUCAGCUUCGUCCGCGCCUUCCUGCAGCGUGCCCGCCGCCCCUACGCCUACCUGGCGCUCAACAGCGAGGCUAACGCGGCCGAAAAGGAGAGCCCCUCGCACAGCCUGCUGGCUCGCAUCUGCCUGGGCGACGCGGCCGAGGCCACGCUCAAUGGCAGCGGCGAGCCCAAGAAGCUGACCGAGUCCUACAUCCAGCUGGGGCUGCGCUGCGGCGGCGCCGCCGACGCCUUCACCCGCCUCCUGCAGCCGGAGCAGCUGGACUGUGGAGCAGCGCACCUGCAGCACCCGCUGGCCAUCGUAAACCCCAUCACCGCCACCCCCAUCCUCACCUACAAUGGCCUCACUGCUGUGGCGGUCACCAGCAUCAACAACUACACCGUGGUGUUCCUGGGCACUGCCAGCGGAGGACUCCUGAAGAUUAACCUGGACAGUGCCAUGAGGGUUGUCAGCAGGAGAUCCAUCUCAGUGGCUUAUGGAGAGCCUGUCCACCCCAUCAUGCAGUUCGACCCCUCUGAUCCCACCUACCUCUAUCUGAUGACAUCCUAUCAGAUGACACGAGUGAAGGUGGCUGCCUGCGAGCAGUACUCAACGUGUGCGGAGUGCCUGGCUGCAGCCGACGCAUACUGUGGGUGGUGCACGAUGGAGACCAGGUGUUCUCUGCAGCAUGAGUGCAUGAACUUCACAGAAGCCAAUUUCUGGGCGAGCGCAAGUGAAGGAGUGCAGCAGUGCCCUUCCAUGACCAUUUUGGAGCCUGAGAUUAAUAUUGACAAAGAGAAUCCGGUCCUGAUAAUACAAAUAAAUGGGACUAUCCCAAACCUAAACGGAACAAAUAUUUCAUGCAAUUAUGGAAAUAAUAUCCACACGGUAGCCAGAGUUGCUGGAGAUUAUGCAAACCAAUUUAUUUACUGCAGUUUACUUCCACGCCAGAAAUACCCUGCGUUUCCAGAAGACCAAGACCAUGUGACUGUUGAAACAGCUCUCCAGGUCAACAGCAAAAAUAUUAUCCAGGCCAAUUUCACCAUCUACGAUUGCAAAAGAACUGGAAACAUUUACCCAAAGAGAGCGUGCACCAGCUGCCUCUCGACCAGGUGGAAGUGUUACUGGUGCCCCUCCAGGUACAUGUGUGUCUCCAACCGCUCGUGGUGUGAGGAUGCGCUGCAGAUGAGGAAGAAAAUUGACUGCCCACAGAUUGUACCAGCCCCAAUGGACCCAAUGCCCACAGGAAUGUCGCGAGACAUCACGAUCACACUAGCCAACACGAUCUUCUCUGAGGAGACCGCCCUGGAGUGCCACUUUGGAAUGGAGAGGACGUUUGAAGCCCGCUGGGUGAACUCCUCUGCUGUGGAAUGUGUCCAUGUGUUGCUCCACACAUCGGAAAAAAGCCAUCUCUUCCCAAUAAACCUUCAGUUGAAGGACAGACCAGACAGAUUUAUCGACAGUCCAGAGAUGAUGACAGUGGAGGUGUACAACUGCGCGACAGGAAGUGCUGACUGCUCCCAGUGCCUGGGCAGGGAGGACCUGGGACAUCGGUGCGUCUGGAGUGAGAGCAGCUCCAGCUGCAGGCUGAGCACUGAGUCCCCCCAGCCCUCGGACGUGUGUCCAGCUCCUGAGAUUAAGAAGAUCGAGCCGCUGCGCGGGCCGCUGGAGGGGGGCACUCUGCUGACCUUUGGCCUCAGCGGCCCCGGGGGCGGCCGGGACUGGGAUGGCCGGGCCGGGAGCGGUGCCCAGCGCUGCAGGAAGAGCCGCGGCUCUGCCCAGUGCUGCACAAACCUUCUGGCCCGCAGGAUCGUGUGCCGGACCGGGGCGGCUCAGCAGGUGUUUGCUGAUGUGGUAACAGUUAACGUCAGCCGGGAAGGGAAGUCUCGGGAGCGGUACUCCUACAUGCUUCCCUUGGUGCGGUCCAUAGCUCCCCAGAAUGGCCCGAAGGCUGGAGGGACCAGAGUGACCAUCAGAGGCAGCUGGCUGGAUGUGGGCUCUGAGCUCCGUGUCCUCGUCAACAGCUCCAAGCAGUGCACGGACCUCAGCCGCAACGACAGCACCAUCACCUGCACGAUGCCGUCUGCGGAGCUCACCACGGCCGUGCGAGUCUGUGUCCAGUUUGAGAACAGGUCUUGUGCCAGCUACAACAUCACGUUCAAGUACGAGAAGAACCCAGUAGUAACAGAUAUCAACCCAAAGAAGAGCCAAAUUAGCGGGGGCAGGAUCAUCACCCUGGAAGGAAGAGGCUUUGAGCUGGUCCAGAACGCCUCCAUGGUGGUCCGUGCCAUUGGCAGAGAGCAAACGAGCUGUAAGGUUCACACCGACACUGUGAUCACCUGCCCUUCUCCAGCUGCAUCCAACAUCACUGCAGGGAGCAAGCCCGCUCCUGUUGAUUUCUACCUCAAUGGCCGCCUCUACACAGAUGAUCGGCCAGCUUUGGAUGAGGAGAUGUACCCGGAGGAGGCCCUGCACAUCAGCAAGUUCAGCCUGGAGUACUACGCUGACCCCCAGUUCUUCACAGCCAAGAAGGAGAAGUGGAUCAAGCACCACCCUGGCGAGCCCUUGACGCUGGUUAUACAUAAAGAGCCUGACAACCUGGGCCUGGAGAGCAGCGAGUACCAGGUGAAAAUCGGCCUUAUCUCCUGUGAGAUUCAGAUUGUGUCGGACAAGGUCAUCCAUUGCUCUGUCAAUGAGUCGCUGAGCACCUCGGAAAGGCAGCUGCCUGUGACGAUUCAAGUUGGAAAGUUCAACUACACAAUUGCAAUGCUGCACCUUGGUGGAGGAGAGACUGCUAUCAUCGUCUCCAUCGUCAUCUGCAGCAUCCUGCUGGUCCUCUCUGUCGUAGCUCUCUUUGUGUUUUGCACAAAGAGCCGCAGAGCAGAGCGCUACUGGCAGAAAACCCUGCUGCAGAUGGAGGAGAUGGAAUCGCAGAUCCGAGAGGAAAUCCGCAAAGGUUUUGCAGAGCUGCAGACAGACAUGACAGAUCUGACCAAGGAGCUGAACCGCAGCCAAGGAAUCCCGUUCCUGGAGUACAAGCACUUCGUGACCCGGACGUUCUUCCCCAAAUGUUCCUCGCUCUAUGAGGAGUGUUAUGUUCUGCCUUCCCAACAGCUCAGCUCCCAGGUGGGCCCCCAGGUCCAGGAAACCCAUCCGCUUCUGGUGGGGGAAUGGAAAAUUCCUGAAAGCUGCAGACCCAAUAUGGAAGAAGGAAUCUCACUGUUCUCUACCUUGCUCAACAACAAGCACUUUCUCAUCAUUUUUGUCCACGCUCUUGAACAACAGAAAGACUUUGCUGUGAGGGACAGGUGUAACCUGGCCUCCCUGCUUACUAUUGCAUUGCAUGGGAAACUGGAAUAUUACACCAGCAUCAUGAAGGACCUCUUGGUGGAUCUAAUAGAUGCUUCAGCUUCCAAAAACCCCAAGCUGAUGCUGAGGAGAACUGAAUCUGUGGUAGAGAAGAUGCUCACCAACUGGAUGUCCAUCUGCAUGUACAGCUAUCUCAGAGAAACAGUCGGAGAGCCAUUCUUCCUGCUGAUCUGCGCCAUCAAGCAGCAGAUUAACAAAGGCUCCAUUGAUGCCAUCACUGGGAAGGCCAGAUACACCCUCAAUGAAGAGUGGCUCCUGCGGGAGAACAUCGAGGCGAAGCCAAGGAACCUCAACGUCUCCUUCCAAGGCUGCGGGAUGGACUCCCUGAGUGUCAGAGCCAUGGACACAGACACGCUUAGCCAAGUGAAGGAGAAGAUCCUGGAGGCCUUCUGCAAGAAUGUCCCCUACUCCCAGUGGCCAAGAGUGGAAGACGUCGACCUCGAGUGGUUUGCCACCAGCACCGACAGCUACAUCCUGCGGGACCUCGACGACACCUCGGUGGUGGAGGAUGGCAGGAAGAAGCUCAACACGUUGGCACAUUACAAGAUCCCCGAAGGGGCGUCACUGGCCAUGAGCCUGUCAGACAAGAAGGACGGCACGCUGAGCAGAGUGAAGGAUUUGGACGCCGAGAAGUACUUCCACUUGGUUCUCCCAACUGACGAAUCAGUGGAGCAUAAGAAAUCUCACAGACAGAGCCAUAGGAAGAAAGUCCUGCCAGAGAUCUACCUGACCAGGCUGCUCUCUACAAAGGGCACACUGCAGAAGUUCCUGGACGACUUGUUCAAAGCCAUUCUCAGCAUCAGAGAUGACAAGCCGCCUGUGGCCGUGAAGUAUUUCUUUGACUUCCUAGAGGAGCAAGCAGAGAAAAGAGGGAUCACAGACCCUGACACCAUGCACAUCUGGAAGACCAACAGCCUACCCCUGAGGUUUUGGGUCAACAUCCUGAAGAACCCCCAGUUUGUCUUUGACAUCGACAAGACCGACCACAUCGACGCCUGUCUCUCUGUGAUCGCCCAGGCCUUCAUUGACGCCUGCUCGCUGUCCGACCUGCAGCUGGGCAAGGACUCCCCAACCAAUAAGUUGCUGUACGCCAAGGAGAUCCCAGAGUACAGGAAGAUCGUGCAGAGAUACUACAAGCAGAUCCAUGACAUGCCACCGCUCAGCGAGCAGGAGAUGAACGCACACCUGGCAGAGGAGUCACGGAAAUACCGGAAUGAGUUCAACACAAACGUCGCCAUGGCAGAGAUAUACAAAUAUGCCAAGAGAUAUCGCUCCCAGAUCGUGGCCGCCCUGGACUCCAACCCCACAACAAAGCGCACCCAGCUCCAGCACAAGUUUGAGCAAGUGAUUGCUCUCAUGGAGGACAACAUCUACGAGUGCUGCAGCGAAGCCUAGGCUGACUGCAGCCUGGGAAGCGGCCCCUAGAGUAACUGUUGUAGGGAACUUGCCUUGACCAUGGGGACACCUUGGUCCAUGUCCAUGAGGGUCGUUCUCAAAUCAGCCUUGUGUCAGUGGUGGGCCUUACUUGCAGCCAGAGAGCUCCCUCACAGAUCAAGAAGCAACAAGACAGCCUUUGUGCAGCUAGAAAACCAUCUGGUCAACACUGUAGCACCCGUAACUUACUGCUGUUGCAAGCCAGAAAUGGAGGUGUGACACCUGUGGCAAGCUCUGUUCGUCACUUCUCAGUAAUUCAUUCCUGAGCAGCUGGCUCCCCACAUCCCUGUCUGCAUUCCUCACGGACAAGACCACGCUGCAGAAGCCAUAACAAAAGAGCAGCCUCGGGGAGUAACAAGCAGAGAUGGCAUAGGCCAUCAGAGCAGUGGCAGCACGCUCUCCAUUCCACACCAGCCCUCUGACAUCUGCAUUUCUCUGACACCAUGGACAAUCAGCUGUUCACUAUCUGCUGCAUUCUGUGUAUUUUUGUGCCUUUUAAUUUUUGUAUUGUAUGUGCAAACACAACCACUCCUUCAUUUGAAAUUUGGGCAACCCAGGGAACUGGGGGUGAGUUAAAGCAGUUGCUUCCUAUGUAGCAGGGGAAUGCUGAAAGCACUUUAUCCCCUAACAGCUGCUAGCUGGCUGGAGGGAGUGCACUGCAUGUUGGUGUGGGAAAGACUGUUCUGCCCUCUCCCAGUUCCCCAACCUGCAUGCAGUGAACUGCAGCAUGCAGGAUAGGCAGAUGUCCCCUUACGACCCACCCUCCAGCCAGAUAGGCAGGGGCAUCACUUCCACCUGCAAGCAGUGAGCUGCUCCUCGCACUCUCCCCACCCUACUUGCUGCGUACACAGCUACGGUGCUGACUUGAGCUCACGUCACCAGAACAGUCCUCUGACAGAGCAAACUGAGCCACAUGCAGGGCAGGACAUGCAGGCAUCAUACUUCCUCACUGUGUCCCACGCUCUCUGGUAUCUCACCAUGAUCAUCAUCUAAAGCGGGCCGGUGCUGCAGAGGGCUGUUCCUAAAGCAGCUUGCUUUGCUUGCCUUGGAGCCAGUACACCACAGUUACCACCCAAGAGCAACAAAAAUGGUUUUGUGACACAUUCAGCUUGUCAGCCCAUAAAGGCAAGCAACGCAUCCUUGUCCCCAUGGCAGCAAGAUGCUCUCACUCACACAAGUCAGCAGAGCAAGUCAGACAUCACAAGGUGCAAACAGGGGUAGGAAAUGUCACACUCCACAUAGUGAUGUCAGCAGAGUCCCACUGCAGAGACAAACAGGACUUGUCUGAGAUCCAGGAACUUCACUGCUAUCCUGCAGCACCUGCUGGGGUCCAUCCCAGCCUGGCAUCCAUUUUCUCUCUGCUGGCAGCUCCUGUUCCACAGCCAGGGCAGCCAUGACUGCUCUGGUCUUCUCCAGCAUCACUCAGGCCCUUCUUCAGAAGCUGGACCACAUGUCCGAAGCCAGCAUUCCCCUGCAGAUAAAGGCAACCUGCCCAUGAAAGCUAAACCUAGCUGUAGGCACCACAUUUCCAAACUGCCAAAUAUAUAUUGAAAAGUGACUACCUCACUCCAGGCAGGGUCUCAAGGUGAGCCUCCAUUACUCAUCCAGCUGGAAAGGAUGAAACCUGGUCCACCAGACUCCUCCUGGGUGACUUACUGCCAUGGGCAGGUGGUUGCACCCCAUCAUUUCCAGUAACACUGCAUUUGUCAGAAGUUAGAACAUCAGAGUUGUGUAUGUGUAUAUAGAUAUCUAUUUUAAAACAAAUGAUAGACUUUAUCCAGUAUGCUAAAAGGGGGUAGGGAGGGGAGGGAAAGAAAAGAGGAUUUGUUUGGGGUUUUGUUUUUGUUGUUGUUGUUUUGUUUUUUUUCCUUUCUUUUAAAGAGAACUACAGAAAAAGUACAUACACUGUAGAAGUUUCAAUGUCUUUGCUGAGGAUGUGGUUUCAGAAUAGAAACUAAUAAUGUAGCUGGGCUACAUUUUAUUUUGAAAGUGAUUUCACACAAAAAAUAAUCUUGACUUUUUCUUUAGAAACUGUGAAUAGUUGCCAUAGAUAUAGACAGGCCCAGCACAGGGAAGGUGACAGUGAGAAGGACCAGGGUAGUAGAGAAUGUUGAGCUUGGCUGGAGGUGAGGAAAUGGCCAUGGAGCAACAGCCCCAUGUCAUUACAGGAAAAGGACACAGGUGAGCCAGUAGUGAGCACGGUUUGACUCCAGGUGAUGUGACUGGGCCACGUAUUGGGGUCUAUUGCUGUCUUAUUUAAUUUUUUCCAAAGUAGAAAAAAAGCUACAACCAUUCUAAAGAGGUAACUUUAAAAGAGCAAACGCUUGAGGGUUUGUAGUGUUGCCUUGAACCCCUGAGCCCUUUGUAACAUGUUUUUAAACUUUGGCAUGUGUUGUGGGUAUAGUGCCCUUACCUGCUGUGUAGUGGAAGUGGCAGACUCUUGGAGAAACCUAUCUUUGUAAUAAAACAAGGUGCUGAAAC